CGUCCGGAGGCUACCGAUCGGUACGCAGCCAGUCGCGAUUCACGUAUCGAUUCGCGAAACGCGUCGACUGUCUCGUUCGAAUGUCCUAUUCUCGCUCGUAGAGAGGAUGCUGCCGUGAGUAACGGGUCUCGACAGAAUCUACGCGACUGGUCCCAUCCCCCCCCUCUCCGUUCAAGUGAACCGGUGUUCAUCGACAGAAGACACCACUCGUGGUUCAGCGCCAGAGAGAUUCAACGAAGACGUGUAACCGGUCAAUCGCUGCGGCACGUACAAGUUCGCCAGGAAUCAGAAGACGCUUGGGAAAAGAAAAAGAUGACGGUCACGCUGAUGUUCCUCGGCCUCUUGGUCUGUAUAUCCGGUCAACUGAUUUACCCAGACCAGUACGAGAAGCUGCAGACCUCCACGGUUCCACCAUUUUUCUACACGAUCGCUCAACAACAGCCAAGGCCUUCCGCGAACAGAAACGUGGGACAGAAAAUAACGUAUUCCGCGCCAACUGGAUCACAAUUUAGCCCAACGAUUGCCACGAUGUUGGGAAUAUCUACGCCAUUGGCCACACAAACUCUACGUCCGAUGGGUCAAAAAAUCACGGAGACCCCGUUGCUGGACUGGAACGAUCACGUGAACGGUAUCAUCGUGAAAGGCAUCAUGAAAUUUGCUCUGGACAUCGAACGGGAGAUCUACAGAACCCGGGGCACCUCGAUGAUCGAGCAACGGGACAACAUAGUUUUCUCGCCGAUCAGCCUGUCGGUGGUCCUGGCGAUCGUUCUCGCGGGUUCUGCGGGCAGAACUUUCGACGAGGUGUCCAGAGUCCUCGGUCUGGAGGCUGGAGUCGACAUCUCAAGGACGUCUGAGGUUGUCCAUCAGAUGUUUGGCAUAAUGCUGGCUCAGCUACAAAAUGAGAUUGAGGGGUCUGGCGGACCCCGUGUGAACUUUGCUACAGCUGCGUUUGUCCAGGAUGGAUAUCCGAUCCUUUCGCAAUUCAAAUCAAUCAGCCAGGACGUGUACCAGAACGAGGUGAUAAACGUCGACUUUACCAGAAACGGAAGGAUGACGCAGGAAAUGAUCAACGCGUGGGUGAAACAGAAGACCAUGGGAAAGAUCGAUAGUAUCCUAAACGGUCCACCAGUCCCGGAGACUACCCUCAUCCUUUUGUCGGCGCUUUACUUCAAUGGAGAAUGGAAACAACACUUCUUGGAAGGGGCCACCAAAAGAAAACCAUUCUUCGUCGAACCGAACGAAUCGAUCGAUGUCGACAUGAUGUACAAUGGCGGCCAGUUUCCCUUCUACGAGGACAAGCAGCUUGGCGUGAAGAUCCUCGGUCUACCGUACAAGGGUGAACAAAUGUCGAUGUACGUGAUGCUUCCAACGGCGAAGGGGGCGAUAGCGCUGCGCGGUUUCCUGAAUCAAUUGACGGUGGACAACAUCGAGGGUCUGAUCGGCAACAUGAAGAACGAGACCUGUAUCGUCAGUCUGCCGCGGAUGAAGCUGAGCAGCAGUCUAAGCUUGAAGUCGACGCUCGCCAGUCUGGGCCUGCACUCUUUGUUCAAUCCGGAGACCGCCGAUUUGAGUCUGGUGUCGCAAGGCAACAACGGCAGGGCCACGUCGCCAGGUACACCGACGAACCGGACAACACCGUCCAACCGGUAUCAGAACACCGACAAGGUGUUCUUCGAGAACAGAUUCGGCGACACGGGUGACAAAACCACCGGCCACGUGGUGCGGCGGAAUUACUUCACGUACGAGGACAAACCGCACGGUUACACCGUGGAGCAAUGGUCCACUGGAUUCUCCAUCAGGAAAUCCCCCCGGGGUCGACGUGAUUCCGAGGCGAAACGGGGACACGAGCAACGUCCGUCGUCUCACGAGAGAACGAACUUGUACAACGUGGAGGGGACGCAGGACGGUACCGCGAAGGUCGUGAAUCUCGAGGCGAACAAGUAUCGUUUCCAGGAGCGAAGGACCAGACGGCAAAGCCGGCCGAUCGAUCAGAACUUUCUGGAGUUUCUAAGACGCCGGAAUUUCCCGCCUUACGGGCUGGACGAGCUGAGGAACAGCGCGACACUGGUGAACCCCCGUAUAUACGCAUCCGACGUGCUUCAUAAAGUCGAGAUCGACAUCACGGAGAAGGGCACCGAGGCUGCGGCUGUGACCGGCGUGAUCUUGGAGCGUGACGGUAAUCAAAAACGUUUCCUGGCGAAUCGACCGUUCCUGUUCUUCAUCAGACACGAUCCGACGAGGCUCGUUCUCUUCUGGGGCACGGUGAACGUCCCGACUCCAAACUCGCCAACGGUGGUCACGUAGCUGGUGAAAGAGACACGGUGCAAAUGAGAUAAGAGGAGGACUGAUGAAGAAAGUGAUCACCUCUAGGAUUCUUCGCGAGUAGGAGGUCACGAUCUGAAUGAACGGAUUUUGUGCCAGCGUUGUCUCCGGACAGAAGGAACCGACCCCCCUCCCCUCACGGCUUGGAAUCUAGUAAGAACCACUGAUUUGUAUACAUAUACUGGAUUUGGUAUAGGCUCGUUGGCUCUGUGGUCAUAA